CUGUAUCUCAAGUCAUUCUCAAAUUUCUCUGUCUCUUUUUUCCAUCCAAACUGUGCUCAGUAUAAAUUACCAGGAUGUCCCAGGGACUUUAACCCUGUGUGUGGCAGUGACACGUCCACUUAUCCCAAUGAAUGUACUCUGUGCAUGAAAAUCAUGGAAGAUGGUCAUGAUAUUAAAAUCAUCCAAAAUGAACCCUGCUAAUGGAGCAGUUUACAGAAAAGAAGAUGGAGUUACCACCUUGAUUGGCACACUAGAUAAAUCGCAUUUCCUCUU